GAGAUAGGGCAAAAGGUAUCAGCUGAUUAAGACAUAGUAACUCGGCCUGCUGGUCCGGUCGGAAUCUAAUGAAAGUCGAGCAUGUCUCUUAAAGGAACCGUGGGAAUUUGGACUCAAUACCUAUACUUCGUUGCUUAGUUCAGUCGACAACAAGCAACAUGGCAGGACCAAGCAGACUGCUACAUCACUGCCUCUGCAUCCUGCUGGUAGCGGCCGGCUUGAUUUACUUGGUAGAGGGACAGCAAGACUAUUCCUGUUCUCCAGAGAGGCCUUGCAAGCUGGGAUGCUGCGGUAAGAACAAUGUAUGCGGCAUGGGACCUUCAUACUGCGCCCCCGCGAACUGCACGUCCGGCUGUGACGCAAAGAGCGAGUGCGACCCGGGAUGGGGCUCCCAAUGGAGCACCCGGGGGGAGUGCCCGCUCAAUGUGUGCUGUUCUGAGUUUGGGUUCUGUGGGACGACCGAGGACUUCUGCGGCGACAAGAAGGUCAAGAAGCCGAGCUGUAAGGGCGGCACCAGCGCCGCCAGCAAAGUGAUCGGGUACUAUGAAGGCUGGUCAACCAGCAAGGGCUGCAAAGGACUCAACCCGGAGGACCUGCUGUCGGGGGCAUACACCCAUUUGAACUACGCUUUUGCCUUCAUUGAUCCUACCACAUACAAGAUCGCCAAUAUGCAGGAUUCCGAUGAGAGAUACAUGCCACGUCUCACAGGCCUGAAGGACUACAACCCCGGGCUCGAAGUUUGGAUUGCCAUUGGAGGAUGGAGCAUGAACGAUCCUGAUCAGCCCACAGCGCGGACUUUCUCCGAGCUGGCGGCAUCGCAGUCCCACCAGGAUGCUUUCUUUGAGUCCCUUUUGUCCUUCAUGGACAAAUACGGAUUUGACGGAGUCGAUAUCGACUGGGAAUACCCUGUGGCCGAAGAGCGUUCAGGGAAGCCGGAGGACUUUGAUAACUACGUGACUUUCCUCAAGAACCUCCGCGGCGUGCUGGGGAACCGGGGUCUCACCAUCACCCUGCCGGCCUCGUUUUGGUACCUGCAGCACUUCGACAUCAAGAACAUGGAGCCCAUCCUGGACUGGUUCAACAUCAUGAGCUACGACCUGCAUGGAACCUGGGACGGCACAAACCCGUAUUUGGGGCCAUAUAUUAACUCGCACACUAAUCUGACCGAGGUCGACCUGGCCAUGGACCUCCUCUGGCGCAACGACAUCGACCCUAAGAAGGUGGUUAUGGGCAUGGGCUUUUACGGCCGCAGCUUCACCCUGUCCGACCCCUCCUGUAAGACGCCCGGCUGCGGCUUCUCAGCGGGCGGCAACCCGGGCAAGUGCUCGGCGUCGGCAGGCAGCCUGAUGUUCUCUGAGAUUAAGGAGAUCGUUGACGCGGGCGCGGACGUGGUGCACGACGAGAAGGCCGGGGUCAAGAUGGUGACGUGGGACACGAACCAGUGGGUCUCGUACGACGACGACGAGACGCUCCAGACCAAGAUGGACUUCGCCAACGAGCUGUGCCUCGGCGGCGUCAUGGUUUGGGCUGCGUCGACCGACGACUACCAGGGCACGGCGAUCCGGGCGCUGGCCAAGGCGGCAGGCAAGACGGACCUGUCAGUGACGGCGCUGGCGGUGACGGCAAAGAACGACCCGAGCCAGUGCGUCUGGGGCGAGUGCGGUGCCAACUGCCCGUCCGGGCUGAUCCCGGUAUCCGAGUCGUCGGGCAACAAGAACCCGCUGGGCAUCGAGCUCGGCUGCUCCGAGGGCAAGCGCAACUUCUGCUGCCCGUCCAAGAACCCGCCCACAUGCAAGUGGAAGGGCAGCCCCAAGUUCUGCGGCAUGCUCCCCAGCAACCAGUGCGGCGACGACGAGAUCGAGGUCUCGGCCAGCACCGACGGCUGCUGGACCGGUCAUAAGUCGCUCUGCUGCACCAAGACAGCCUCGACCGACGUGCUCGACGCCUGCAAGUGGUUCGGCGCCGCACCCAUCUGCACCCUCAAGUCCUUUGUCCCCUCCCUGUUCGGUCCGCUAGGAGGCGCCUUCUCGUUCCAGUCGUACGGUUGCGGCGACGACAGCAGCAAGCCCAAGGAACUCACCAAGGCAAAGCAAGGUCAAGGAGGCCAGCAAAGCUGCUCCUAUAACGGAGGGUUCAAGAGUUUAUGUUGCAAAGACCCAGUCCCAUGGACGGGUUGCAAAUGGCGGGCUGGAAGCACCACAUGGGUACAAUGGGAAAAACUGCUUGUCGGGCCCAUUGGAAACCUCUUUUUUGACUUCUCGACGGAAUGCAAGACGGGCUGCGAGCCCGGGGAGACGACCGUAGCCACCGAUGGCUGGGGCUGCCGGUCAGGCACCUACUCCUACUUCUGCUGUUCCGAUCCAAACAAGCCACCCGUGCCGGAAGUGCCUGACGUCAAGCUCUGCUACGGACCUAGCCACCUCGAUCAGCUCGAGAGCGGCCCAGAGGCAGAAAGCAACCUUCCCAACGUUUUCGAGGAGGAACACAAAUUUGACGGAGAAUGCGGGACCACAGAUACCACCCGCCUCCUCCGAGGGAGAGACCAGGGCGUCGACUCUUCAAACUCGUCUAUGGUGUUCCUGGCGAGAGGGGCAACCAGCGAAGAGCUGGCGUACAUGGAGACAUCCGAGCUCCUCGGCACUCGUGAUCUGGCCAAACGUGGCGCCCGGGAACGAGUCGCCAUGGCGCUGUGCGGUCCCCAGGGCCAGAAGUCGAGCAUUUGGGUGCAGACGUACCCGGGCGCGUCGAGCAUCAUCCGGACGACAGGCAAGGCGUGGACGGUAGCGCAGCAGGGCCUCUGCGCGGCGGUGGGCCUGACAGGCCUGAGCACGCUGGCGCCCACGACGGACUGGGUAACAGAGCACGUGCUGGAGAAGCAGGAGUUCCGCAACGCGCUCGAGUAUAUGGCGGCCGGGCAGACGCCUGGGGGUACCGCGCUCCGGGCCGGCGCCGUGCCGUUCGCCCAGGUCUUCGGCGCUAACGGCAUCUUCCAGCAGAACUGGCCGAGCGCCACCUACACGAGCCUGCAGUUCACGCACAAUUGGGUUGGCAACAUCAACGACUUCUUCACCGGCCUCCUGGGCCGGACCGCCGACGCGGGCCUGGGGAACCGCUUCAUCGAGAACCUGCAGGUCUGCGACCGCGACUUCAACGUGUAUAAGGAGUACAUGGUCGCCGGGCUGGACUUUGUGUCGCGGUCCAACUGGAACGGCUAUAACGCGAAGGAUCGAGUCGGGAUCUUGCUCGACAUCGUCGACAUGCACAACUACAGGGGCGAGAGUGUCGUUGUGACUGCCUUCUCGUCGACCUUCAACAACAUUGCGACCAUGUUCGGCGACCUCACCCGCUACGCUGCGACCCAAGGCAUCACCUACGACUUCCAGGACGCCUGGGAACAGAUCAUGCCGGAUUACCUCGCGUGGCAGGUGGACAGGAUCCGCGGCACGUUCGGGACGUACGUCGCCGAGGAACUCCUCUACUGGGCCAGUCCUGUGGCCGCACUUACACACUCCCCGACCGUCAUCACGGCCAUGACCAACACACUCACCGACCUCCAGACCAAUGCCAACACGUAUCUGGCACUUCAGGUUACGGCCAUGACGACCUAGUGUCACGCAAAAGUCGGCAGUCGAAAUAAAGCUGACCAAAAUCUGCCUGCUGUCCAGAAUCUCCAGUCCCGUGAAGCUGACCUGGCGUUGUAAAUACUAUGUUUCCUUCGAACAGCUGGCCGGCACCGGAUAUUAAUGCAGUAGCAAAAUGUCGUCGCAUUAGCGGAGGCGGAGCGAAUAAGUCGUACAUGCGUCACAACGUGGAAGAGUUCAUAGAUCAGCUUGAGGCUUGUGUAACAUGGUGGGCGUGCCUUCCACUUGGUGACUUGGUGAUCGGCU